AAUUCCCCAUUUCCCCCCUAAGAUCUAAACAACCCUCAUCUUUCACCACAUUCUUUUACUUUGAUCAUCUUUUGGUUUCUAUUUUUCCUUUCAUAUUCACGUUAUAUUUUUGUCAAAAGGUCUAUAAAAUUUUACUGUAAUAUUCUAGAUUGAACAUGUCGCUAGACGGAUCAGGCGGGAUGGCUAUGGCUUACGCGGCGAGGAAGUUUCAUAGAGAGAACAUGAAGAUUUUGACGGCAACCACAACCGUGGGUGGUGGAAUCGAAGAGAAUGGUGGAGGAUAUACCCGGUGGUUCUUUGGAAAGCUAAGCACCAAGAAAAAAUCGGCUAAAGUUUGUGAUCUUAUAACUAUAGAAUAAUUAAUAAGCUAAGCUAGUUACAUAAAAAAUUAACGAAUAAAAAACUACGCAUUAUAUAU